AUGAGCAAUAACGAGAAUCUCGACCCUAAGAAAGGUCAGUCCUACGAGAUGGAGGAAAUCGACCUGGACAAAAAAUUAAUUUAUUUUCUUUUCUUCAAACAAUGUGAAGCCGGGAAAGAUGAAAAGCCACUUAAAUAUCCAAAAGGAGUUUGGUGUAUUAUUGCAAACGAAUUUUGUGAACGCUUUUGCUACUAUGGAAUGAGAACGAUUCUAGCGUUGUACCUCGUUCGCGAGCUCUCAUACUCUGAAGAUCAAGCAACAGUAAUUUUCCACGCGUUUGCAGCACUCAGUUACCUUACACCUCUUUUAGGAGCCAUUCUUGCUGACAGUUGGUUCGGGAAAUUUUGGACUAUUUUGAGCUUGUCGAUUGUUUAUGCUGCCGGAAGCGUGCUCCUUUCUGUUUCUGCCAUUCCAAACUUCAUACCCCCACAGACUUUUGCAAUUAUUGGUCUUUUAUUGAUCGCCUUCGGAACUGGAGGAAUCAAGCCCUGUGUGUCAGCUUUCGGUGGGGACCAAUUUGUGCUACCUGCACAGCAAGCUCUGCUGGAAAAAUUCUUUUCCCUGUUCUACUUGUCCAUUAACGCUGGAAGCCUGAUCUCAACUUUCCUUACUCCAAUUCUAAGGGAAGAUGUGCAGUGUUUUGAAAAAGACUGUUACUCUUUAGGAUUUGGAGUGCCUGCUGCUCUUAUGGUGGUUGCUACAAUUAUUUUUGUUAUGGGCAAACCUUUGUACAGGAUGGCCAAGCCAGAGGGAAACAUUGUGGUUAAAGUCUGCAAAAUCAUUGGCUACGCUUUGGUGAACCGCUGUAAAAAUAGCGAGCAUCAAAAGGAGCACUGGCUAGACCAUGCCAAGGGAAAAUACGAUGAAAAAGACAUCGCUGAUACAAAGCUAGCCUUAAAUGCACUUUCUAUGUUCCUGACAGUACCGAUUUUCUGGGCUAUUUAUGACCAGCAAGGAUCCCGUUGGACUUUCCAAGCGACUAGGAUGAAUGGAGAUGUGGGUUUUUAUAAUAUAAAGCCUGACCAGAUGCAAGUCAUCAACCCAUUCCUUAUAUUGGCAUUGAUCCCUAUCUUUAAUUUCACGCUCUACCCCCUAUUCGAAAAAAUCAAAAUUUGCAACAAGCCUCUUGGCAAGAUGUGUCUUGGUGGAAUAUUUGCUGCUGUUGCGUUUUUGAUGUCUGCCUUUUUGGAUUGGAGAAUCCUUCAGUCAGGGGGGGUGAUGCCAACGGCUGGUCAAGCUCAGCUCAGAAUUUACAACACCAUGAAUUGCACAGUGAUCAUUUCCGCUGACGGCGCGGUGAAAAUUGAUGGGCAUGAAAUUGGUUCCCUUGAUUUGUGGGAGAAUCUGCACAUUGCUGCACAGGGAAAUCAGAGUUUCCAGCUGAGUGCCAAACCUGGGCCAACGUGCAGGGAUCAACAGGAAAUGACAUACGACCUAACCAUUGAAGAGAAAACGGCCCAAAGUUUUGCGAUUCUUGGCGGAUCUGAAAACGUUACGAUGAAUCUUUCCGAAAGAUACAUAGAUUUUCCUGAAAAGUCUAGUAAUGGAAAGGGAAAAGUGAGAGUAAUUUUAAAUGCCGUUCACAACAAGACCAUCCCUGUUACUUUCAAUGGCACGCAAUUAAAGAUAAUUGAUAUUCAGCCAAACACAUCAGUCUCGGAAAUAGCAGAAAUUGAACCUGGCAGUUAUGAUAUUACACCCAUUGGAAUAGAGAACAAGAAGAAAUUUGUUAUUAAAGCUGGUGGCGUCUACACGUUUAUACUUAAUGGAGAAACUAGAGAGGUGGUCGAAACAAUUAUUACCCCCGAAAACUGUAUCAGUUUACUGUGGCAGCUACCUCAAUACGUAGUGAUAACAACUGCAGAAAUUUUAUUCUCAGUAACUGGGCUUGAGUUUUCAUUUACACAGGCUCCGGUUAGCAUGAAGUCAGUUAUAAUGGCUGGAUGGUUGAUUGCUGUUACUGUCGGCAAUAUUAUUGUGAUUUUUGUGGCAGAGGCACAAAUAUUUGAGGAGCAGAUGUGGGAGUAUGUUCUUUUUGCUGGCAUCAUGCUAGCAGCUAUGACAAUUUUCAACAUCCAAGCACGCUACUUCAAAUAUGUGGAAAAUGACAAGGAAGAAGAAAAAUAAAAUGAGUGUGACUUGCGCAACACACCAUAUUUAUUUCAAUUA